UGAUCGACGUUGCCAUGGUUAAACCAUUGGUUAUCUUUUCAAUAGACGCGACCAGGUAGUAAAGAAUUGCUCAGGUGUGGUAUAGUUAAAUGCAUUAAACCUUGCGGUUCAUGGGCAUAAAAUAUACAGUGAUACAUAAACAGAAAUAUAUACAUGAGAGAUUGUGUAUUUGGAGAAUGGACAUACACAUGCGUUGAGAACGUCAAUAUGUUGCCUGUUUGAGGUAUUUACUAAAAGUACAGAGUUCGUUUUCGUUUUGGACAUAUAAAUAUCUGAACAAUUUUAUAUAGGAAUAUGUGAUCUGUGUUGGCACGGUUACUCGUGUUUUCUUGUCAACACUGGAGCAUGGCCGAGCGGGUGUGAGUCUAUCAGAUAUGAAUCUCGGAAUGGAGCAAAGAAGAACGAUACCAAUGUAACAUUUUCCGAAAUUCACCAGAUCCACGGAGUGUUCCGAUCAUCGCCGAUGUUAUUUUGCUAAGUCUACCAGGUCAUCUAGAUUCAAUGGCUCGUAUUACAAUGCGCUACGUUGUUUUCGUUCUCAUACUAGUCAUUAUCUCCCUAACUGCAUAUAUUUCUUUCAACAACAGUUUUAAAACCAGACCUUCGAAGCUAUCACAAAAACUUAAUGGAACCAAGUCCAUCGAAAAAACGGCAGCACGUGAAAAUCUAACACCAUCUUUUAAUAUUCGCGGCAAAGCCGUCUCAUUACGGAGUACAACCGUUUCACCACUAAAUGUUACGCUGAAGCAAAAAAGUUUACUUCCGGUUUCUGCGUAUCCUCCUAAAGUUUUAAGGCACAAUGUUACACAAUGGAAGACUCUUCUACACCCCUCGUAUGCACGAACUUCGACCGUUUUAACACGAACGGCUACGUUGUGGCAAAACGAAAAUAACGUCUGCAAUUUAGACACCGGUGAUUUUGUGAAAGCUACGCUGCGGUCUCCAGCGGGGAACACGCCGAUAUAUGUUUAUUCUACAGCAGUGGACCAGUGGGUUUCGGGAAACAUCAUAAACCAGGGAAUAUGGGAACGAGGCGGCGUGCAGCUGAUGUACCACUUCAUGAAAACGCAUGUUGAUGCAGAUUUUGUCGAUUUAGGAGCAAACCUCGGCGUCUAUGGAUUGACGUUUGCCAAGAUGGGACGACGCGUAGUUCUCAUAGAUCCGUUGCUAGACAACGUCAAACGUCUCUGCAAAUCUGUGCGAGAGGGACAAUUUCCCAACGAGGUGUACGUCAUCCACAACGCCAUUUCAAACAAAAGAUUCAAGGUCGGUUUCGGGAAAUACAAAGGCAAUGUUGGUGGCACAUUCGUAAAGGAAGUGACGUCAGCGGAUGCGGUAGUGACGUCAACGGAUACGGAAGUCGCUCAAGCGGUUCUCCUGGACGACCUGCUGGAAAUUUUUAACUUCACGAAAGUUAUUAUGAAAAUUGACGUCGAGACUCACGAAACGAGAGCUCUUCUGGGUGGAGAUAGAUUCUUCAGCACUGUUGACGUCACCGUAAUGCAGCUAGAAUGGAAUGCUCAUAAAAAGGACGGGAGUGAGAUUAUCAAGUUUUUGACAAAACACAACAUGAAGCCACACAAUCCGUCUGUGAAUGGCGCAGCUUUGGAUAUAAAUGCGUUUGAUAAGUGGCCAGGAGAUAUUCUGUGGAAAAAAGUGUAACUGGAUGUAACGAACGGAUACGAAAUAAUUCUUCUAUUCCUAGCAGCUAGCUAACGUCUGGGGCGGGAUUCAGCUCAGUCGGUUAAAUGCUCGCUUGAGGUGUUUGCGUCGCAGGAUCGAACCACCUCUGUGGAUCCAUUCAGCUGAUUUUUGUUUCGUUCCAUCCAGUGCACCGCAACUGGACAAAGGCCAU